CGCUCGGUCGCGAGCGCGCGCGCGUCGACCUCCGGACGCGAGCGAACGCGCUCGAGCGCGCGGCGCGUCGAGCGACGCGAGGGCGCGUCGAGCGACGCGAGGACGCGGCGCGAGGGAUCGCGGGACGACGACGACGACGAUGGACGCGGCGCGAGGGACGGCGACGACGGCGACGACGGUGAGGCGCGCGGUGCGGGCGCGCGGAGGACGCGCGGUGCGCGAGACGCGCGGCGCGCGGGCGCGGGACGCGCGACGAGGGACGCCGCGGGCGGUGGUGGAGCCGGAGGGGGCGUCGGCGGGCGACGCGUCGGCGUCGGCGUCGGCGGGCGACGCGUUGAAGUGGCAGGCCGAGGACGCGGCGAGCCUGAGGGCGCAUAACGAGGAAGCGAUCGCGAAAUAUGCAAACUUUCCGGAGUUGGAUAAGCCGGACGCGCACGUGGCGCGAGAUGCGGAUGGGUACUACGUCGUGAAGGAGGAGUGGCGAAAACCGACGAAUCCCUUUGAAAAGUUGAAGCUCGCGAAGGAUCCGAUGCGAGAGUUGAUCGGGAUGAACGGGAUCGAGGAGAUGGCCAAGGCGAGCGCGGCGGAUUUCAAGGCUUGGGACGAGGCGUUGAAUGACCCGGACGAGACCGAUCAACGACCGAAGUGGGCGGGUUUGUUUCAUCGACGCAAAGGACACUACGGGCGAUACAUGAUGCGACUCAAGCUUCCGAACGGACUCAUUAACUCGACGCAGAUGCGAUAUUUGGCGAGCGUGAUUAAAAAGUACGGCGAAGAUGGGUGCUGCGACAUCACGACGAGACAAAACAUUCAGCUUCGUGGGGUUGAGUUGAAGGAUGCGCCCGAAAUCUUGCGCAAACUCGAAGAGCUCGGUAUGUGCUCGUUGCAAAGCGGGUUGGACAACGUGCGCAACGCGACGGGGAACCCGCUCGCGGGUUUUGAUCCGCAAGAAAUCGUCGACACGCGACCUUACACGCUCGCCAUUCAAGAUUACGUCACCGGUGGUGGGCGCGGGAAUCCAGCCAUCGCUAACUUGGGGCGUAAGUGGAACGUGUGCGUCGUCGGCAGCAGCGACUUUUUCGAGCAUCCGGACAUCAACGACUUGGCCUUCAUUCCAGCGAUGAAGGAUGGCAAGUUCGGAUUCAACAUGAUCGUCGGUGGCUUCAUAUCUUCUCAGCGCGCAGCGGAGUCGGUCUCUCUCGAUGCGUGGAUCCCUGAGAACGAGCUUGUCGCCGCGACGCACGCCGUGUUGACGACGUUUCGCGAUUACGGCCAUCGCGGCAACCGCCAAAAGUGCCGCAUGAUGUGGCUCAUCGACGAGAUGGGUUUGGAAACGUUUCGCACCGAAGUUGCGUCGCGCAUGCCAACGGGAGACUUGGCGCGCGGCGCCGAAGUGGAUCUCAUCGACCGAGAGUCUCCGCGACGCAGUUACAUCGGCGUGCACGCGCAAAAGCAAGAGGGCUUGAGCUGGGUCGCCGCUGCCGUGCCGGGCGGACGUAUGCAACCGGAAGAUCUCGCGGAGAUGGCUGAUCUCGCGGACAAGUACGGCGAAGGUGAGAUUCGACUCACCGUCGAGCAAAACUUUAUCAUUCCCCACGUGCCGAACGAUAAGAUUGACGCCAUUCUCCAAGAGCGUUUGUUUCAAGAGUACACGCCGUUCCCGGGCAAACUUGUGUCCAACAUGGUGGCGUGCACCGGAAAUCAGUUCUGCGGAUUCGCGCAAAUCGAGACGAAGCGACAAGCGCUCGAAAUGGCGGAACACUUGGAAAGUUGCUUAGAACUUUCGAAGGACGUGCGCAUGAUUUGGACAGGUUGCCCGAACUCUUGCGCUCCGGUGCAAGUGGCGGACAUUGGCCUCAUGGGCGCGCAGGUGAAGAAUCCGACGGGCGAGAAGGGCAUGGUACCAGGGGUGAACAUCUUCAUCGGUGGUACCGUCGGGCCGAACGGCCACUUGAAGGAAGCGCCAGAAAUCGCAAAGGUCCCGUGCUCAGAGUUGAAGCCGGUUCUGGAACAGAUUAUGAUUGAGAGGUUUGGCGCG